AUGUCAAAGAAGGACAAGAAGAAGGCGAAGAAGGCUAAGCGCGCUUCUGUUGUGGAUACUGAACAGCUCGAGCCCGUGACACCGUUAGAGGCUUCUACAGACAUCACAGAGCGCCCAGAUGUCGAGGGGCCCCCAACACAGGCUGCAGAUCCGCCAGCUUCCGCUACAGUCGGAGCGUUGGUCGAAGCUAAGCAAGAGACCAUCGCCCGCAGUCCCGCCCUGCCAGUUGAAGCUGUGCCAGAUGAUCGCCCGCCACCUGCACCAGUGGAGGUGCCUGAGCCUGUGACGUCUGUGGAAGUACAGGAAUCCGCAAUGGACGAGUCUGCUCUACUCUCCAAGGCCCAAAAGAAGAAGGCGAAGAAGGCGAAGCGUUCUUCUACAGUUGAUGGCGAGACAUCACAGCCAUCAACUCCUGCAGAGGAAGUAGUAAAAGAACUCGCGCCCGAGGCUGCGCCAUCUACCCUUCCAGCUACUAAUGAGCCGAAAUUGGCACAGAUGCUUGAUGAUGAAGCCGACGCCUGGACAGGUGCUGCUUCCAUCAAGAAAAACAAAAAGAAAAACCAAAAGCAACAAAAACAGACCGCGAUUGAUCCUUUUUUAGCGGAUGAGGCGACUCGGGCAGCCAACGUUUCUGAACCCCAGCCGUCUCCAUCACCCCCUUUAACCUCGGAGACACCUCUUACUUUCUCAGGGAUACCGGCCCAAUAUCCCCAGACCAACACCGAUGGCAGUGUUGGAAUUGCUGAUACUAGUGCGCAUGGAUUGGAUGAUACGAUGUCUGUGUCGAAGGACGUGGACGUUGUAGAAGAGAAGGAAUUUAGCGCUGAUGGAGAGCGCGAUGUCACUCUUUUGGAUGCUGCCAUAGAGCAGCAGGAGACAGAAAAGGAGCAGGAUAAGAUGGAAGAGCUCACUGGAGAGGCUGCGAUUGCCGAGCCUUCAGUUCGCGUCCACCCAACAGAAUCUGCAUCUGUUGCACAGCCCGAGCCGCUUGCGGAGCCGAGUGCACUGGUGCCAGUCGACCACCCACAGGCACCAACAGUCGAGGAGGUCAGGGCAGAACCUGAGGCCUUGACUUCCAAUAUAGUACUCGCUGAAGACAAAAAGGAUGCCACCGACGAGCCCGCAUCAAUUGUCGUUGCACAGAUCGAGCCGACCAAGGAAAAGGAUGUUGAUACUACGACACAGUCCACAACGAAAAAGAAGAACAAGAAGAGCAAGCGCACCUCUGCCUCUGAAGAGCCGAUCAUUGAGCCUGAGGAAGCUGUAUUGAAACCUGGCGCUUCUGUGAAUGAUGAUCAUGCUCAGCUGGCUACAGAUGACCAAAUCGCCGAGCAAGUCACAGCUUCUGCUGGAGCACCGAAAGAUACCUCGAAACCCGCGGCUAUGACAGAUAAUAUGAAUGAGCAGCUCGUCACUGAGCCUCGGACGAUCGAUCUUGUCACUAUCGACCUACCAGCAACUGAGCAUACUACAGAUGAUGCCAGUCGAGUUGUGGUGGCUUCGACCGAACUUCCAGUUCCAGAGAGUUUGCUCGAGGAGACUACUAUCUUACCUACCAAGAAGGACAAAAAGAAGGGCAAGAAAAGCAAAAGGCAGUCUGGCACCGCAACACCUCUCCCAGAGAUCGAAUCGAGCAUCCCCAUCGAAUCGCUGGACACACUGACUACACCGCAGAUUGAAGGAGCCCAAGCUAUUCUUGAGAGCCAUAUGCAGCCUGAAGUUCCAGCUAGCAUUAAUGCUGAAGUCAAAGAACAGUUGCCUACCGCCGAGCCAGCUGUCGAUGUUGCCGAGGACAUUCAAGAGUCUGCCGCUACCGCAGAAGACCAGCAACUUGCACCAGUUCCCGUCUCAAAAGCUACCAUAGAGCCACACGUACAGAAUCUGCAGUCGGUCGAUGCCACACCAGAGCAAGUUACUGAUGAGCCUGCGCUUUCUAAAAAAGGCAAGAAGAAGGCGAAGAAGGCGAAGAAGCAAUCAGGCUCUGCAACGCCCAUAGAAGAGUCGCUUCCCGUCGUUGAGCCGCCAGUCGAAGAGAACAGUAUCGCCAUUCAACCGGAGACCAUCGUCGGGGGAUCAUCCAAAGACGUAGAGACGCUCGCGCCCGAGGUAGUUGAGCCAGAACAAUCUGCUGAACUCACUACCCAGUUUGAGCCACAGCAGGAAGAUGUCCAGUCUACCGUCGAGCGCGAUGUCAAGCCUACACUCAUGGAAGCGGGGUCAACUGCAAUUGACAAUCAGCCUGAAGUGGAUGUGCCUGUAGAGACUGAAGCAGUUCCCACUUCAUCUAAAAAAGACAAGAAAAAGAAGAAGAAGAGCGAGAAGCAGUCUAGAGCAGCUACACUAGCCGAGGAAGCAACAUCUGGCGUGGCCACCGAGAAAGUCAAGGGAAUAAUAGCGCCUGAAAUUGCACCGCAAGCGGUUGAACCUAUUGCAGAGCCACUUGUUGAACCUGUUGUCGAACCGGUAAUCCAGCCUGUCGUUGAGUCAAAGGACGUCUCGAUGGAUGUUGCUCCGGUGUCCCUGCAAGAAUCGCCAAAAGCUGAGGCUGAAGCUAUCAAAAGCGAUGUGGGUCUACGGGUCGCGGAGCAGAUUCAGCCUCUUGACGCCAGCUCUGCGCCAGCUUUCGAACCAACAAGCGCUCUUGUUGGGUCUUCACAGAAAGAGGAGAUUCAGCCUAUGCCCGACGCAUCCAUUGAACCUAUUCAGUCCGCUGAGGACGACUGGGCUCACACUCCAUCAAAGAAAGAGAUGAAAAAGCGCGAGAAAGCGAAAGAGUCAGGCGUAGAGAUGCCGGUCACGGAAGGACCACUCGACAUCAUUUCUCAUAGUCAAGUUCAAGAAGCGGGUUCUGCCUCUGCUGCUUCGAUCGAAGCUAUUGAGCAGUCUGAGGUUGUCAGGAAAGAUAUAGUCGAAGAUGCGGUACCACAACAAUCGACUGUGCGAGAGCAGAAACUCGACCCACUCCCUGCCCCGGACGCUCCAACCGAGGCGCCUGAUGUAGCUGUCCAGGAAAAGAUCUCUACAUCGGUGUCAAAAAAAGACAAGAAGAACGCAAAGAAGAGCAAGAAGGCUUCCGGUACUGCUACACCUGUCGCCGAAGACGUUCCGAUUGUUCAGCAGGAACACACACAGGAGCCAGCGGACACAGAAUCGGGGAACAUUGGUGUUCCCAUGGACGAUCGCGCACCACAAACAAAUCCCUCACACCUAACUACCGAGACUGAGCCUAUUCCAGUUGUGGCAAGCAGGGAUAUUGAAGCUACGCCUGCUAUUCCGCCCCCGACAAAUAUCAUCGUCGAACAAUCAUCCCAGACUGACCGUUCCAAGCAAGCCGUUCAAACUGGCAUCGAAACAGCUACCGCUGAUGAUGAUCUUGCCUCGUCUACUUCGAAGAGGAGCAAAAAGAAAAAUAAGAAGUCGGUCGCUGUGGCUGGAAACCCUGCUCUGGUGGAGGUUGGAGCCACUGGUCCUGUAUUCGAUCCUGCUGUACCUAUGGAAGGCAACAUCAUCGCAGAAACGGACCGAGUUAUUCUAUCUGAUGCACCCGCACCUGCUGAGAUCGACACUACCCCAGGCGCUGCUCAGACAACAGACAACGAGACUAUCGACUCUGCUGUUGCGAAGGGUGAAGAUGUCGCCACAGGAAACAGUCAAGACACACUUGUUCAGAACGCACAACAAGAGCCGGUAUCUGAGCCUAUCUCGGUCGAAGCAUCAACACCCCUGGAACCAUCUCUGGAACCCGCCGAACUUGAAAGGCUCGUGCUCAGCCGCGAGCUCAGCAAGAAGGAGAAGAAGAAGGCUGGAAAGAAGAGCAAUACAGCAGCGACAGAAGAGACAUCAGUUGUUGAGACUAUGGCAUCAACUGAGGGCCCCGAGACAAAAUCUGCUGCAGUGCCCAGCGAGCCUUCGCCUACCGAUCAAGAUAUUCGGAUAUCACCACAAGCUGGAUUGUCCGAGCCGGAGCCUGUCGUUGAGCCCACUGUUGAAUCCGUUGUUGAGCCUGCUGUUGAGCCUGCUGUUGAGCCUCUUGCUGAGCCAAUUGUCGAGCCUGUUGUUGAGCAAGAGGUCAAGGACUUACAACUACCAGCACCCGAUACGCCCAUCUCUGCAUCAAUCGAUAUCAAGGCUCGAGAGAUCAGUGCGGAGAAUGAGUCGUCAGCUGAGCAGAAAAAGAGCAAAAAGAGCAAGAAGGACAAGAAAGCAAAGAAACAAUCACUUGCUCCCGACGCCGCCGAAGAGUUUGAGGACAAGCGACCUGAGACCAUUGAGCCAGCUUCGCUACCACCAAGUCUGCCCGUUGAGGCUCCUGUCAUCGAAUCUGUGGCAGUAGACACGCCUUUGCCUGAGCAAACUCCGUUUGAAAGGGAAGUAUCUGCCACUAUAGACGUUGUCAAUAGCCAGACUGUGGACACAACACAGCAUGAGACGUCUGAAACGGUCAACACGCCUUUGCCAGGACCGACUUCAACGGAAGAACAAUAUGUAAAUCUCCCCGCAGAUAUUCCAGAGGUCAUCAGACAGUCAUUCAAAGCUGCCGUUCCUUCUGCAGAGCAAGAGACCCUGGACAGCGCAAGUGCUCUGCCUCAGGCGGAGUAUGUGGUGGAGGUGACCCAGGAAGAGACAUCGGCGCCACUCAGCCGGAAGUCUUCCAAGAAAAGCAACAAAGGGAGGACGGACAAAGACCUGGCCGAGAACACAACCUUGGCCAGCCAGCCCACACUGAGCGCCACGGAAGAGUCUGUCGAGUCUAAACUGAUUCUUGAUGAAAUCAAGGUUGAUCCAAUGAUCGAGGAUGCUGUUGCGCAACAGCCUCCUCCAUUCGUUGAGCCGUCGCCUGAAGUCCCCAUUCCAGACCCUGAACUCCAAAACACUGAUGUUGGUCCUAUUACCGAACAAGUAGAAACUGGAGCGCAUACCAGUGGCGAUGUUGCUCAGCCUAUGCAAGUCAACUCUCCACCGUUACCGGAAGCAUCUCAAUUAAACUGGGAGUCCACUCCUGCACAGACAGCUCCUGAAGUGCCCAUAGGAGUGAACGCAGAAGACGAGCAAGGCUCCACUCCUUCCAAGAAAGCAAAGAAAGAAAAGAAAAAGGCAAAGAAGAGCAAGGGUGUUUCCGAGGACUUGACACCAGCUGAGAACACGCCUCCUGCUGUCCCGGAAGAGGCCAUCGCUGUGCCGAUUACAAUUGAAGAGCCAGCGCCGAAUGCUAUGGCCACUGAGGUCGUCCAGGAAUCCCAUGUAUCUUCAGACCUUCGACCGGAUGCGGCAAACGUUGUGCCGAAAGGACCUUUCACGCCAACAGAGCAGCCGAAGGCUGAGAUAACUGAGCCUGUUACAAUAUCGUCAAGACGUGGAAUUGCCAUCCAGCCAGAGGUCGCCGAGACUGAAGGAAUGCCCGUUCCCGCUGAAGACUUGGAAGGCACGCUAGCUCGAUCAACCUCUAAGAAAGACAAGAAAAAGAAGAAUAAGGGCAAGAAGGAGUCAGAUCGUAUGAAUGAGACUGAAGAUAAGUCCACCGUGGCUUCGACUAGCGUUGAGGAGGUAUCACGUACGGUACUGCCAGAGCAACCGACUAUGCAACCCGAGGUGCCACCGAACACUAUCGUAGACGAAAGCGAGGCUCAGAAAUCUGCAUCUCCUAUUCCGAGCGAUAUCCAGGCAGAUGCCGAGACAAAAGAAAGCUUCUCAUCAUUGCAAGCCGUUCGAGAUGAGGCCGUAGACCUGAGGCAACGUUCUGAAGCCCUUGAGCUCGCACUGGCAUCCAACGACCGGCUCGAUGAGCCUUCCACUUCCCAAUCAACGUCCAUGUUCGACAUCGUCAACAGUCUCAGCGAGAAAGACAAGAAGAAGGCGAGAAAGUCCAGAAAUAGCGAUCUCCCCGAGCCUAUGACUCCUGCAGCCGAACCUGAGGCUGCGGUUGAGACAACGGCUCGGGUUGAAGAUGUUGCUGUGAAGACUGAUGAACUCACCACAGUUCUAUCUCGCCAGCGAAGUAAGGACGAAAAGAGGAAGGCCCAACAGCUCGCAACUAAGGAUGUUGCGAUGGCUGAUGUGUUAGGUACGGAUGAGCCUACUAAGGUAGUCGAGACGAAAGAACCCAGGAUGCAAGACUCUGAGCCUACCAAUCUGGCGGAGCCAAUCUUGGGAGCGGACAGCAUUGCAGUUGAUGUUGCCUCACCGUCUCGGGAGAUAGUCACCGAAGAAUUGCCUCUGCCGUCAAGGAAGCUCAGCAAGAAGGAUAAAAAGAAGCAGGCUAGGCUUGCUGCAGCCGCUCAGGAGGAGUCAGUACCAGAAACUCAUGAAGAUGUGUAUGUGGCACCUUACACCUCGCCUGCACAGAACAACAGGCCUGCGACGAUUGAAGAGCAAGAGCGCACUCAGGUGGUUGACCCAGACAUCGCUACUGCACCCCUCGAGGUAGCACUCCCUGGACCGGUGAACGUUGAAUCUGGUCCCGUGUUCUCUGACAACAGCCGCGAGCUCAGUCUCGAAGACACCCUUGUCCCUGCUCCCGCAGCAGAGGAAAUUGAUGCUACAGUAGCUCUGACACGCAAAGAGAGCAAGAAAGACAAGAAGAAGAGCAAGAAAUCGAUAUCAUCUUUGGAUACAACUGUGUCAAAUGAGCAGGCAAUUGCGCCAUCAGAGCCUGUUUUCGAGGUGCCAUCGACUGGAUUGGACCAACGAAUCGAGCCUAUUGACAACACUCCCUCCAUGAGCGAAGUCCAAGAGCUCCGGCAAGCUGAGCGUGCGAUUCGGGAACUUGAGCUUGAUCAAACAAACCAAGGCAAUGCACAAACACGUCGUAACGUCAAGCUCGAUGUUGUGUUACCUUCUCAGCUUCUCAAGGAUAAAGACCAAGAUUCGAAGGAGAAACUUUCCACUUCAGCAAAAACUGAACAGACUCUUGAGAAGACAAGUACAACAGUCGAGAACACGAACGUCGGCACCACACAGCCAUCCACUCCUGCAAAGACUUUCGACACAAUCUCAGAGGACGUUCUGCCUACUUUGAACAAGAAGGGCUCUAAGAAGCACAGGCUUGCUGCGCUGUUCGAGAAACAAUCACCGGAGCAACUGCGAGAAGCUGAGCGCAACCUCCGCCGCGGAGGCAGCGGCAGUGUCAAGAACCUCGCAGAGCAGUAUGAGAGCCAGUCAAGAUCCGUGACCCCACUUCAGAUUGUAACAUCGAAGUCGAUCUCGCGAGCAGCAUCAGACGACCGAUUGCGGUCAGCAUCUCCACGACACGACGUGGACUUUGCAGCGACCGUUGCUGCAGGUCUAAACGAGUCCGGGUUUGAUCCAAGUUACGUGAUCAACAACCCUUCCUUCUAUCGCUCUCGCUCCACCUCUCGACAAGAGGAAUACGAAGUUGCACCUGACGAUGAGGUUGCAACAGCCAGGAGAAGAGCCAGUGUUUCCAAAUUCGGCUCGAUGGGUCGAGCUUCCGCUUCCACUUCGCCUACAAAAGAAACCGUGGAACCUAUCGACCGCGCGAUCCCUAAAGGAAUCGAGGUACCACUAGCGGCGACUGAUGUGCCAUCGUUCGAUCCAAUGGAUGUGCUCAACGACCCGGCAUUCGGAAGGCGAAAGUCCCCUCCUGGUGUACUCGAAGAGGCUGACCCAGAGGAACUCUACGCAUCGUCAAAAAACAAAACACUUAAGGGGAGAAAGAAGCGUAUCACUGACACAGCAAAAACAGCCUUGAGUAUGCAGGACAGUGUUGAGCAGACAGCUGCUGAGACUCCGGUGGUCGAAGCCUCAUAUAUUAGGCCUCCUGCUGUAGAGGCUCGAGCUGACUCCACUACCUGCGAACUCGGCUUUGGUGCGCCUGUCAACGAGCCUGUGCGAGUUCUGAAUACCCUUGAGCAGUCACCGAAGAAGGAUAAGAGCGUUGAUAAGAUCACAAUCGGCAAAACAAGCCAAGAUGGUGAACAGCGAGGAAGGACUAUGGUGCGAAACGAGCCCUCAGGGUUACCACCAACGCCGAAACAAGAAUCCAAACCGGCUGCCGGCAUCGAAGUCGGCGAAUAUCCCUUCCCUCGAGUCUUGACACCCGAGGUAAGGGAGUCAACCGUCCGCGUUCUGGAAGAAGAGAAGAAGGAUAAAAAGAGCCGGAAGGGCAAAGAGCGAGUGGAGGCUGUCACCGAGACAAGUCUACAGGAGCAUCAUAAGCGCCGCGCGCACCCGGUUUCCUUUCAUGAAGAGCAACCUGAAGAGAAGCGUUUGCACAAGAUCGAAGCGCCAUCAAGCAACCGAGCCACUGCAGCCAAUGUCGAACCAUUAUGGUCGUUCAACGAACUCAACGACGGUGCCAUUCAUGCCACAGACUCUGCGAUGAAGGCACCAACACCGCAAGUCAAGGAGACAGUGCACGAAGAGCGACAACAUCCACAAGGACCUAGGACGCCCCGAAAGAAGUCUGAGCGUGACGCUAUCGAUCGACAGCAGGCAGAGGCUAGCCCAGCGCUUCCGGAGUACUCAACCCCCAGGAGAUUCGAAUCACCACCUACGUCUGACUUUGUUACCAAGGAGCGAACGUCAUAUCUGUUCGAUUCUUCGCCCUCAACACGCGCAUAUGGCACCUCGCCUACAGUCGCACCUAAAACACCAAACUUCGACAGCCCACAAACAAAUGAGUCUCAUGGGAAGACUCCUGUCGACCGCCCUCGUCAAGAGCAAGUAUCGCCCAUCAGAGCUUCGAAGCAGUCAGAGUCUUACCAGUCCGUGUUUGGGGACCCAACCGAGAAGGAAGAUGCGACAACACCUGCACCGAAGCGUGCACGUACUCCUGGAACACAGUCACUUGGCACAAUCACGGAGAAUAGUCCAGACGACUCCUCGCUGCUCAAGAAGGGCAGGUCCAUCACUGAUGUCGGGUCUGCAGAACGAGGGGUCAAGUCGUUGCGCCGAACUGAACGCAAUAGAUCGUUCUCUGACCGUGUGAUGUCGCCACCGCCAAUUACGCCAACGCCUGCGAAUCGUAGGAGCACGCCUCUAGCACAAGAGGUCUCUGGUCGCGAGACGCCUUCACGGGAGACCCCGUGGCAUCAAGCCAACGAUCCAAUCGAUCGCAGUGUAGCUCUCAGUCCUGCACGUCGACUGCCUCACACAACUCCUGAUCCGAUCAAGCAGCAAUUAGCUGAGAUACGAGAUGCACCAGGUGUCCGAAGCCAACAAUCCUUCAGUAACAUUGGGAAGCUCAGAUCACCCGAGACCGAACGACCGAUGAGUUCCAUGAGUAUGAACAGCAAUGCUUCCACUCACUCUCUACGACGAGUGGAAAAGGCCCAAUCAGGAGAUCUGAGAGCCGCAUCGAGGCUUGGCGAGGCCAGUGCGCUAGACGCUAGCAGCGUAGAACAACCCAACCUCUCGGGCAUCGCACUUGCGGCUGGAGCGACCGCAGCCGUCGCAGCCGCAUCGAAGUUGAGGGGUGAAGGCAAAGGACGUCGAGCCAGCAUGGCCGAAACAUUUGAGGCUAUGGGUGAGGCGCCAAGAUCGCCGAUGUCACCGACGCGAGCACCCAGUCUGCGCAAACGCCAAAGCAUGCAGAUAAUGGAUUUACAGACUCAGCUCGAUCAGCUUGCAGAGCACAAUAAAUUGCUCGAGGUUGAAAGGUUGCGAGCUGAAGAAGUAUUCCAGGCCCAACAACAUCAGCGCCAAAUCGAUGAGCAGCUGGUUGCCGAAGCAGUCGAAGCACGUGAUCGUCAGAUUCACCAACGAGACAUUGACAUUGCGCAACUCAAAGACACACUGCAACGACUGCGAGAAGAGAUUGCGAGGCUGACGGAACUCAACAACACGCUGACAGAGGCGAACCGCAACCUCACCAACGAUGCUAACGAGCGCUAUGCUCAGCUUCAGUCCGAAGGUCAGUUAGUCCACCAGCAAUGGCAGACAUCCCAAAGGGAACUGGAGGGCUUGCGAUCACAGCAUGAUCGAAUGACGAGAGGAAUGGAAGAUGCGCUUCGUGAGGAAAUCGGUGCUGCGCUCGACGACCGCAAUGCAGAGAUCCACCGCCUGGAAACGGAGCUGUCAAGCGCAAGAGAACAGAUCAAGGGCCUGCAAAAGCAGAUUUUAGCUUCGAAGAAACCCAGUGAGAGCUUUCUUACUAUCCGCGAUGAGGACUAUUUCGACAGCGCAUGCCAACAACUCUGUCAACACGUGCAGCAGUGGGUGUUGCGAUUCUCCAAGUUCUCGGACACUCGCGCUUGCCGUCUCUCCUCCGACAUCCAGGCUGAUACGAGACUGGAUGCCGCGACGCGCGAGAAGAUGGAUAAGCGCUUGGACAAUGCCAUCCUCGAUGGCUCAGACGUUGACUCGCUUCUCGCAGACCGGGUAAAGCGGAGAGACGUGUUCAUGUCGAUCGUCAUGUCGAUGAUCUGGGAGUACGUCUUCACACGCUACCUGUUUGGCAUGGACAGAGAUCAGCGACAGAAGCUCAAGUCGCUAGAGAAGACUUUGUCGGAAGUCGGCCCACCACGCGCCGUAGCGCAAUGGCGAGCAAUCACGCUCACGCUGCUGUCCAAGCGAGAGCCUUUCAUGCAACAGCGCGCCCAAGACACCGAAGCCGUUGUGCACGAGAUCUACAGCACACUUUCCACUCUGCUGUCACCGCCAUCGCAUCUGCAACAGCAGAUCCAAGCAUCGUUGCGAAAUGUGAUGCGCCUAGCGGUAGAGCUUUCGAUCGAGAUGCGCACCCAGCGCGCGGAAUACAUCAUGCUUCCGCCACUGCAACCCGAGUACGACAUCCAUGGCGACCUGGUGGCCAAGGUUACCUUCAACGCAUCGCUCAUGAACGAGCGGUCAGGAGAGACGACGUCCAACGAUGAACUCGAGGCACGCGGUGCGAUAGUCAAGGUCGUGCUCUUCCCGCUCGUUGUCAAGAAGGGCGACGACUUUGGCGAGGGCGAAGACGAGAUUGUGGUCUGUCCUGCACAGGUGCUGAUUGCGAAGCCGAACAAGAAGAAGGUGGUGAGGGUGAUGAGCGGAGCGAUGAGCAUGCACUCUCGAGCCAGCUCGAAGGGGCGCAGCGCGGUAAGCUUGGCGCCGGAGAGUUCUGUUAUGGAUUUGGACGAUAGCAAUAUGAUUUGA